CAAGGUUGUGCUCACUUCGGAAUUUUACGAUGGUUCGUUGCAAUCAUGUGUUUGUGGCAAUUAUUAAUUGUCGUUAACGGUCACUAAAGAUUCUUUUUCUUCUAAAUAUGAGUUUUUUUCGUUUUCCGCCAUCAGUAUAAUUUCUAAAAUUACUUCACGAUAUAUUUUUAAGUCAUGUUAAAUGAUGGAGAGCAGUAUGUAAAUUUGUACUGAUGUUAACUAAUGUAUAAAAAUAGUAGAGUCACUCCCUGUUACUCAUACGUUGAAUUUCGCAUAGUUUUUCAGAAUUCACAAGACUACUUAGUAACAAAUUACAAGUUUCUGUUGGAGGUAACUUCUGGUAAACUGGAGGGUGCAUUAGUUUCGUAUUGUUUUCUCUGAUUUGUAGCUCCGGCAAGAAAAAUAUGUAUACUUAGAACUUCAACACACAGUGAAAUACAUUUUGGUAACUGGUGGUGUCAUUAGCGGGAUUGGCAAAGGAAUUAUCUCCAGCAGCGUUGGGACUAUUUUGAAAGCUUAUGGAUGGAACGUUACCUGCAUAAAGAUUGAUCCCUACUUGAAUAUUGAUGCUGGUACUUUUUCACCGUAUGAACAUGGGGAGGUCUAUGUCUUGGAUGACGGUAGUGAAGUUGAUCUCGACCUGGGAAACUAUGAGAGAUUUUUAAACAUAACACUGACGAAAGAUAAUAACAUUACUACUGGAAAAAUUUAUCAGAAAGUGAUCGAAAAAGAACGUCGGGGUGAUUAUCUUGGAAAAACAGUUCAGGUUGUACCUCAUAUAACGGAUGCCAUCAUAGAAUGGGUCACGAAUGUUGCUCAAAUUCCAGUUGAUGAAAGUGGUUCAACCCCAGAGGUAUGCAUAAUCGAACUCGGUGGUACGAUUGGUGAUAUUGAAUCUAUGCCCUUGCAUCUGUCGGAGAGCCCAAGACCAAACCUACCCAACGUACGUGAACUUCGUGCUUGGGGUUUACAUCCAGAUCUUCUAAUGUGUCGGUGCAGUUCACCACUUCCAUCAAGCGUUAUCAAUAAGAUUAGUUUAUUCAGUCAAGUCUCAGUUGAACGUGUCAUUCUUGCUGAAGAUGUCAAUGAUCUCUACGAAGUUCCUAUCCGAUUAAAUGAACAAAAUUUAUGCUCUAUUUUAUUAGAACAUUUUCAAUUGAAUCCUAAACAACAUAUUGAAUAUCCUAUUCUGGGAAAAUGGAAAGCAUUAACUCGUCAAUUAGAAUUGGCCUCUGAAACAGUUCAUGUUGCUGUUAUUGGAAAAUAUGCUAAACUUAAUGAUGCUUACCUAUCUUUAUUAAAGGCUCUUCGUCAUGCAGCGAUUUAUACAAACCGAAAACUCGAUACUUCACUUGUAUGCGCUGAAGAUCUUGAAGAAAGCACUCGUGUCUCUAGUCCAGAUACAUUUCAUCAAGCCUGGUUAACAGUGAGUAAUGCAGAUGCUGUUGUUGUCCCUGGUGGUUUUGGCCAACGUGGUGUUGACGGAAAGUUGGCUGCUAUACGUUUUUGUCGAGAAAGAGGUGUACCGUUUCUUGGACUUUGUUUGGGUCUUCAGUGUGCUGUUAUAGAAUUUGCUAGAAAUGUUCUUGGCUGGGAAGAUGCUAAUUCAACUGAAUUUGAUCCAAACACUACUCACCCAGUUGUUAUUGAUAUGCCUGAACACAAUCCUGGAAAUAUGGGUGGAACAAUGCGACUUGGACGACGUCGUACACUAAUGUAUUUAUCAGAAAUAUCUAAAUCAUAUUUAGAACGUACAUACAAGACUAGUCAUCGUGAAUUAUCAACACCCGUGUUACCCGAAUCUGGAGCAGGCGAUACAUGCACCACGUCUGAAACAUUAUGUUCAGAUAGUGUUAUGCAUCGAUUAAUUAAUGCGCCUUAUUUUGAUGCUCGUCACAGACAUCGAUAUGAAGUAAAUCCGAAAUAUGUGAAUGACUUAGAAGAUGCAGGUCUUAUUGUUGUCGGUAGAGAUGCAGAAAAAGGCAAUCGUAUGGAAAUUAUCGAACUGUUACGACCUUUACCUCAAUCUGAGGAUAGUUCAUUCUCAGGAAGCAAAUGUUCAACUCGACAUCCUUUCUUCGUUGCCACACAAUUUCAUCCUGAAUAUACAAGUCGUCCAACUCGUCCAUCAAUUUUCUUUGUUGGACUUAUGUUAGCUGCAUCCAAUCGCUUAGAUGCUUAUGUACACAAUCCAUUCCGUCUCAGUCCGACUCACUUUUUUGUUCAUGAGAAAGACAAGACUGAUUCUAUGGAUUUAGUAAGAAUAAAUGUACCCCAAAAACAUACAGAUACAGUUAGUCUUUGUAAUGGUAGUAUUAUCCAAAUGUAUGAUAACGACACCAUGCAUAAAAGUGGUGCCAUAAACUCAAUUAACAAAGAUGUAUGA